CGGCGUGCGCAUGUGUGCUCACUGGCCCCGCCCCUUUUGCCCUCAGCUCAUCAGCCGCGCAGCGACUGCUCGGAAUGGCGGCUCUUUUGGAAUCCGUACUGGCGAGGAAAGUGCACAUCAGCAAGGUGUUGGACUGGCUGAAAAACGCGCAGGAUGGUGACAAGCUAGCCUCCGGUGAUCCGGCUGUAACGUUCCACAAGCAGGAAUUCGUCCCGUUCCUGUUAAACUUCCUACGGGAGCAGAGCAGCCAGGCCCUCACCCAUGGCCCCGCCACGCCCGCCAAGACCCCCAAACGGCCCAGACCUGCCGCUCAGUCGCAGGGCUUCUCCGAGAGGAGAUCCUGCAGGUCCGCCGCUACCGGUUCUCGCAGCGGGAGCCGCGUUCAGCUCUUUUCCCCGGCGCCGUCGGCGUCUCCCGGGAUGGAGUUGGACGCAAGCGGUCCCGGUCAUUUCAGCAACCCGUCCUUCGCUAACACUUGGAGUCCAGCGUCCAGACCCUCGGGGUCAGAGCGGCGUUCCAGCCAGAAGAUCAGCCUCGGCGACUACAUGAUGUCUUCCCCUGAACUGCAGAAGGGACGGCGAAGGAGCGGCGGCGGGGGUGGCGUGGCAACCGGAACUCAGGGGAGACACGCGGGGGGGCGAGGAGCUCAUCACGGGGAUGAAAGCGUCAGGAGGACAAGCAGAGGAGGUGCCAUCAGCCAGCAGGUUUCACCUCAAUCUGUAAACCAGCUCAAUUUCAACAACCUGGACGACUUUCCGCCUGUUGGCAUGUCGCCCGUUACCCCCACAGGAGGCAAACCGUCCCGAAGAAUCAACCCGACGCCAGUGAGCGCGGAGCGGCCGCACUCCAAACCCAAGACCUGCUUCACCUCCACGCCCUUCACCGGAGCUCCCGGUCCACCGCCGGGAGCGGCUGAGGGUCCCGACUGGUCCACGGCGAGCAGCCCCCCGAGCCUGAUGGAGGAGAGGGCGCUGUUAAAGAGAGAGAAGUCAAAGCGCGCCCAGCACGCCUGCUCUCCUCCGCCCUCCUCCUCGGAGGAGCCGUGCACCCCAACCAAGUCGGGGGUCAGAGUCCCGUCCAAGUUGACACCGGACCAAGCGACCGCUUGUCCCGAGCCGUCCAAAGUGACGUCGGCGUUGGAUCUGGACCUCCUCGCCGAGCUGUACUGCACGUGCAUUUCUGAGAACUUGGUGCCAAAUAUUUUUCUGGAGCUUUUCUUUGUGAUGCAGCUGCUAACGUCUCGUUUUCCUCUCGCUUGUGAUGGAGACGACGAGAAGGAGAGCGUGCGUGAACUCGACUCAGAUGUUCUGGAGAGACAUUACUUGAGACAAGUACACAACUGUGUGUACUUUGCCGUGAAGGUUCUGGAGAAUCAGUACCAGUUGUUGACUCACAUGGACAAGUGCACCUUGCGUCUCCUGGCGGAGAACGAGAGAGUGGCGUCCUUCUCGCCGCAUCUGCGAGAUCGUUUAUCUCAGGCGCAGGACGGAAGUACAGCCAAGCUGUCUCCGUCCGUCUCCACCUUCAUCCACUCGGUUCCGUUCCAACCUGCCACGGACAACCGCUCCAACUUCAGCAGCGACAAGGCCUUUCAUACCUUUAAGAAGCAAAGGGACAUUUUCUACGAGGUGCUGCGGGAAUGGGAGGACUUCCACAAGGAACCAGGCUGGAGCUUUGACGCCGUUCUCGGGAGUCGGAUUCGAGGAAUGAUGAGUCAGCUGACCGCCGCUGGGAACCAUUCGCAUUUUGCCCGUCUCUUCCUGAAGCAGCUUGUUCAGAUGUGCAAAGGUCCUCGGUUUAACGGGUCCCCUGGCGACACCCCCGACGGCGACCUGCUGGGCAUGCUGGGGGCCGACGGACUGGGCCGCUUGAAGCGUCUGGAGGAACGUCUCAUUCAGCCUCACGGAGUCGUCGCCCCGUGCCCGCCUCCUUCUUUUCCCGGCCACCAGGAGUUCUUCCGGGACUUCCUGCAAGCGGCCAGUUGCUGUCAGCUGAACCAGCACCUUCAGGACAGCCUGUGUCAGCAGGUCCUUCAGCUGGACGACGUCUCCAUCCUCGGUCCUCCUGCUUCCGUCGGAGGAGAGCAAGAGGAGGAAGGCGACGGUGACCUGGAGCAGCAGGAUGAGAAGCAGCGAUUCACCUCGGUGCUUCUCCUCGCUCGUCUUCUGGCAAAGUUUUUGGGUUUCAUCUCGUUUCUGCCGUACCAAACAUCAGAGAAACCCUGCAGGGAGAUCCAGGAGGCCGCUGUGGCUUUACGGAGCAAAAGCGUUCCUGUGCUGGACGUCUGCGCCGUGCUGAGGAGCAGCGUGAGGAGGAAGCGCACCAUCCUGACCGUACCCUGGCUGGUGGAGUUCCUCUCCAUGCUGGACUUCACCGGUCCACUGCUGCUCAGCUACAGGGUGGUUUUGGGAACACUGUGUCUCCUCUACAGGAGAAUGACGCUGGGUUCCUGCGGAGAAACCUUCUACCUGAACAAGCUGCUCAUCGUGUCCGUACUGGGAUGGCUCUUCCAGAUCCCCGUCAUCCCAGAGGAGGUGUUCUUCACCGGUGACUUCACUGAGGUGGCCCAACUGGACCAAGGGGAUGCCGGGGGUGCUGGUCUUGACUGCAUCCCCCUGGUGGACCAGCAGCUUCUCUACACGUGCUGUCCAUUUCUUGGCGAGUUCCGCAAGCUCCUCGCCGCCUUCGUUUCGGGGAGCGGCGCCAAGAGCGGCGGCAUCGUUCGCAAGAUCACGCCGACGUCCGCCGAGCCCCGAGACGCCCAGGGCGCCAAACGCUCGCAGCAGAAGCUGCAGGCCGACCUGGAACAGGCGUUCUUCCACAACCAGCCGCCUUCCUUGAGACGCACGGUGGAGUUUGUCGCCGAGCGCGUCGGAUCCAACGCCGUCAAGCACAUGAAGGCCACUUUAGUGAGUGAGUUAGUGGAGAGAGGGGAGAAGAUGCUGAAAGACGGACUGGAGUCGCCCAAAGCCGACCCGCCCAAACUGAACGAGUCCAUCUGUGCUCAGCUGUGUGAGGCGGGACUGGAGGCCCUGACCCGGGCUAGCAGGUUUUGCUGUGAGAAGAGUCCAGAAGCCAUCAGGAUUUUGCUCCCUGAUGAGACCUCCCCUGCUGUCCUGGCCACCUCUGAGAACAUAACCAAACAUCUUGCCACGGAGAAAGCUAGCAGUUGGCUCUCGGCGAACAUCACGGCGCUGAUCCGGCGGGAGUGGAAGUGCAGGUACGAGCGCGUCAUGAAGACGACGGGGAGCUCCGUGCCUUCCGACUUGGCGGAGGCGGGGCCCGCCCUGGACGAGCUGGUCGCUCACGGGACGUCCGUCACGCCUAAAAGAAAGCAAGGCGACGGCAGAGCCGCGUCCUGUUCCCCUUCCUGCACCCACGGCGCCUCGCUGCCCUCCGACGUCCUCAUCGCCAUCAAAGACUUGUUGAGCGUCGCGGUGGGUCCCAGGACUGACGAGGAGCUGCCACGUGGUUCUCAGCUUCAGAGACUUUUCCAGCAAGUGGGGGCCACGCUGGCCUGCAAGAAGUUCUUAACUGCCGUGUCGGAGCAGAUGCUCCUCAACUCCACCGUCCUUCUGGCUUGCAAGCUGGUGUCUGCAGAGCUGCCCCUGGCGGCUCCGUCAGACUCUGCCUCGACGUCGGAGCCUCCUCUCAGAGCCUUGCUGGAGCAGCUCGGCGAGCUGUGGGAGGAAAGCUGCUCUCCUCCCGCCGCCCCACUACGCCUCCUCUUUUCACCCCCUGCCGUCACCGCAGUGCUGACGGCCGGCGACGCCGAGUGGAACAACUAUCUGUUUUUACUGCGGAGGCUUGUUGCCAGAGGCCUCUUAUCUGAGGAGGACGUCCUGUCUCAUUGGACCAAACUCACCGAGCAGGUUGUUCCAGGCGGACUAAUGGAGAAGUUCCAGCUCCGGUCUCAGAUGGACAAACGUUUGCUGCCCUCAGCAGAGCUGCAAAGUCAAACGGACAUGUUGCAGCUUUUUCAGCAGACGGUAGAGGGCGCUACAUGACAAGUAUUUUAUACUAAUACCGGAGAGCCAAGAAAAAGCGCUCAGGUAAGGGCUUUUAAGACAUGCCAUGGUUGGAGACAGUGCCUUAGAGAGUUAGUAAAAAAAAAAAACAAAACAAAAAAAACCAACCAACCCAAGGUUAAUACGUGCUUUUUAAACUCGCACUUUCACACGCUGCCUUUUUAGCCGUUUAGUGGUAGCUAGCAUGUCCAUUAGCAUGAAUGCAAGAAUGCAUUUGUGGUUAUGCGUCUGUUCACGUUGAACAAAGCACCGUGCUCCUUUUUGCUGGAAGAAAAAAAAAAAAAAAAGAAUAUUUUUUAAAGUUUGUCACAAAAAUGUACACGAGAAUGCUAAUAAAGAUAAAGUCCUUUAUGUUG